GAUAGAACCUACAAACUGCAUUGAAAGAUCCAAAAGUAUCUUCAACCUCUCCUAUUCAUUAACUCCAGAUACCCUGAAGAUAACAGUAUAAGCAUUGACCUAUAGCAAUGAGCAGCUCUGCUGCUGGAACCUCAUCAAAACCAAGAGCAGCUUCCUCACAACCAUCAGAAACUUCAUCCAAGCGCAAAAGAGGAGUUUUCCAAAAAGAAUUGCAGCACAUGAUGUAUGGCUUUGGAGAUGAUCCUAAUCCGCUUCCUGAAAGUGUGGCUCUUAUGGAGGACAUUGUUGUGGAAUAUGUCACAGAACUGGUUCAUAAAGCCCAAGAUAUCGGAUCUCAAAGGGGGAAGCUAUCAGUUGAGGAUUUUCUCUAUUUGAUUCGCAAGGAUUUGCCGAAACUUAACCGCUGUACAGAACUACUGUCUAUGAAUGAAGAACUGAAACAAGCAAGAAAGGUUUUUGAAUCAGACGAAGAGAAACUGAGGAAAGUUUUUGAGGUGGACGAGGCAGUGGAAGGAUGAGUAACGGAUAUUACUGAAAAAUGCACUAAUGUUGGUUGUAAUAUGUUUAGUUUUUCUGAUGAUGUAGAUUUUAAAUUAAUGCCUCCUAACCCAUGAUCGAAUAUCUUCUUGCACAAAUUAAAUUUAAUCUGCAUAAUAUUGACUUAA